AUGGCAGAACUUGCUUUUGACUUGGUCAUUGAGAUACUUGCAAAGGUUCCGGUUAAAUACUUGCUACGGUUUAGAUGUGUCUGCAAAAGCUGGCGUUCGUUGUUCCAAGAUGAGAGAUUCAUCAGAAUGCACACAACUCAUGCCCCGAGCAUGUUUCUACUGUCCGCUUGUUGGCCACGGUAUACACCACCGCGCACUUGUACUUACCAAGGUCGCAGGCUAAAGAUGAUAUUCCAAGAUCCUGAAUUGAAAGAGCCACGGAACAACAAGUGCUAA